AUGAAGAAGUUCACUUUAUCGUAUCUAGCUGACAGUGAUUCAAACAAAAGUGUCAACAGUCUAGCCAAUACUUCAAAUACAUAUGUACAAAUUGAAUUGCCAAAAAUCACGGAACUACAUAUUAUCAUAAAAGACUUAAAUACACAAACGAUGCUGAAAGUUAUUGGUGAUGCAGUCAUAUUGGAUAUUAAAAAGAAACUUUUGCAUACAUUCGGUAAUCUGUUGAAUGAUUCCCAAAAUAUGGGUCUUUACCAACCUGAUGAACCAAGUCGAAAGGGUAAAUUUCUCGAAGAAGAACGUCUCUUAUCUGAAUACAUUAGUGGAAAAAUAGUGAUCUCUUUGGAGUUUAUUUAUAAACGUCGAACUGUCUCACCAUUUCAUAUGUCACCGACACUGAUGAGUAAGAUUUCGAAGAACUUUAUCAAGACAUUUUUCCGUUAUGUGUCUCGAGGCGAAUGUCAAAAGGUAGGGAAAUUGCUGUUGAAAGGAUUCGAUCCAAACAUACAUUGUCCAAAAACAGGAGAAACUCCAUUGACGGUAGCGGUGACUCGAUCAAAGCCUUAUGAAAUGAUAUCAACUUUAAUCUCAGGUGGUGCACAUAGAGACUUUUAUUCCUUAUCUGGUUAUACACCACUUCAUAAAGCCGUAACAGUUGGCAAUUUUGAAGGUGUCAAGACAUUGCUGGAUUUUGGACAAUCACCAAACUGUUUAGACAGAUCUGGUUUAACUCCUUUAUACUACAAUAUACUCUAUGAUCCAGAUACAAGAAUAUGUCAUAGUCUGUUGUAUGAACACUCAAAAAUUGGUGUUGUAGACAAAGAUGGUUUACAAGAAAUACAUCAGGCAACACGCUUAAACCGUGUGGAACAGAUAAAUCUACUACUCAUGUAUGGAGCUGAUGUAAAUGCACGCUGUAAACGUCCCAAAGAAGUUGUAAACAGUUUAAAUCUCUGUAUACGUCCACAAUCAAUCGAUGGAGACACACCAUUGCAUGUUGCAGCAAAUUACAAUCAACGAGCAGCUGUACUGCGUCUUUUAUCUUGGGGAGCUGACCCAACACUAGUCAAUACUGAAAAUAUGACACCCAUACAAGUAGCACAAAAUAACGGGAACACCGAGUUAGCCGAAUUAAUUAGAUUAUUUAGAGGAAGAAAAGAGUCGAGUGAUGUAUUCCUUCCUACUCCAACGUACAAUCCACACAGACGGAUUAGACAACCUCCACCAAAUUCAUAUAUCACUGAACCAUCUACUCAAAAUUGUCCCUUAAAUAAUAAUCACUACAACAAUAACAUACAAUUGAAACCAAAAGUUAAAGGAACAACGAUGUCAAAAUCUAGACUGAAUAUUUGUAGUCCAAGCUAUCAGCAGCAACAAGAGCCACAACAACAACAACAACAAAAGCAACAACGUUCCAUACUAUCCGGUAGUAUAUGCAAUAAAUCAGUAAAAGAACGAAGAAUAUCGCGAGGACAACAGACGGAUGUGUUAUUUGACUUUAUUAACGCUGAAGCAAAAAGAUUCCAACGUGAGGGCAGUCAAACAGAUAGUGGCAUAAGUAGUUCUUCCUGUCGACCAGGUACAUUCGGCUCUCUGACUAGAAGUCGAAUAGAAUAUUCCAUGAACAAUGGUUGCAAUAACACCAACAAUACCAGUAUUAUUGACGAUAAUCUUAAAGAUAAAUACCAGGAAGAAGUUUUUUCUUCUUACGAAAAUUCCAAUAGUCAAACUAAUGUUAAAUGCAAUUUCAAUCGUCAACCCACUCACUUUCCAAGAGAUUCAACUAAUGAUAGGAGUUAUAUGCACAAAAUUAAAGGACAAUCAUAUACUGGCAAGGUAGUCCAUGUGAAUGUGCGUGAUUCGCGACAUUUGCCACGAUCAUCUACAUUACAUGGAUAUUUGGAUAUCAUAUGUGCAGUGAACUCAACUGACAAUGUGCGUACGGUUACCUUAGAUAGACAUACCUAUUCCAAUGGUGUAGAUAAAAAUGGACGUUCUUCUUUUGGAUUGUCAAUUCGAACAGUCAAAAAUGCCUCAGUGAUAGCUGAAUUCACACCGACACCAACAGACCUAGUCUACAAACUGUUAAACGUGUAG